AUGGCGUCCUCAUCGGGCUCUGCUCAAGUCGGCACGUCUUCCACUACGAAAGGCGGGGAUGUGAGCGUGACCAUCUCUUUGUCAGUGCUCAAAGCUCACAUGACGAUCGUUGCAUAGUCGCUGACUAAACUCGGCGCAUACCCUUUGCAGACAUCCGCUUCCCAUACUGAGCAUUUCGGAGCACUUGACUCGAGAGGUAUCACAAAGGCAUCGCGACAGGAACGAUGAUGCUGGUCCAUUUGGUGAGCCACACAAUUCUCGACUUGCUCUCAAGCGUAUCACGACGACUUUUCUGACUAGCUGCGUCUAUGCCUCCAGUCUACGGCGCUCUGCUCGGAACGCAACACGGCAGAGAAGUCCAAGUCCAAAAUUCCUUCGAGAUAAAGGUGGCCAGCAGCAGUACUAGCAACGCUACCGCUUCUCACACUUCUCGCGCUGUGCUCAAAAUCGACCAAGAAUGGCUCGAUAAGCGCUUUGCACAGUGUGAGUCCGUUACGAAUGCUCCCGUUGGAGCCAGAGCUGAUCGCUGCGAGCUUGAUUACCUAAUCCAGUCAAGCAAGUCUUUCCCACGCUCGACUUUCUUGGAUGGUAUGGAGUCGGCGUAGCGCCGAGCGCACAGGACUUGUCCAUACACAAGCAGGUGUGUGACUCUUCAAUCUGUGCCCUUUAUUGCCACGGGGCUGACUCGGGCUUCAUUGCUCACAGCUACUCGAACACAACGAGUCUCCAUUGUUUCUCCAACUGGCUCCCACCACAGAAGCGCUGACUAACGCCAAGGGUCGAGCGGAGCUGCCAGUCACAGUGUAUGAAGCAUUGCUCGACUUUGAUGGGUCUCAUGCCAUGAGCCAGCCUGCCGUGACGGGUCGGCCUGGCAAUAGAGGGAAGACGGAGCAUGCUGCUUCGGACGAUGCAAUGGACAUCACCGAAGGCGAGUCAUCUUCUCAAGCCAGCAAUUUAGAGGUGGCCACGGGCGAGCCGAGCAUCGUAUUUGUGCCCGCUAAGUACGAGCUGAGAACCGGGGAAGCGGAGAGGAUCGCGGUCGACUACACGAGCAGGCCUGCCGAGAGCAGUAGCGAUGGAUCAGAAAGUCGACGUGAGUCCAUGCCUGUCCUGGCGACUUAGCUGAGAGCAUCACAUUGACGUGAUGUGUCCAUGUCAUUGCUCUCGCAGUCGUGGCCACCUUGAAGACACAACACAGUGCGAUAUCGAUGCUUGCAGAACGCAUACAGACGGUACAUGGAUACGUGCAGGGAAUCUUGGCUGGGAGUGUCACACGAGAUGAAGAGGCGCUGCGACAGGUCAAAGCUGUGCUAGCUGCUUUACCGCGGAUGGACGAAGUGGAAGAGUUCAUGGAAGAGUAUCACACGGUGAGUUGAGAGCCGCAGCGCGGAAGUGGGCCACCGCUCCAAGCUUACAUGCGCCUCGCAUUCACCCUAGGAAUACUCUGAUGUGCUACUCACUCAGUACCUGGGCAGCCUGACCCAGUCUCUACACCUCACAAACGAGCUGAUGGACAAAUUCGACGUACUGCAAAACACCAGCUCGGCAGCUACAUCGAUCGGAGGCGCCGGUGGCAGUGGGAACGGGCUGGCGAACAGCAAAGCCGCGCAGGAAUCGGCUGCCCUAUCAGCCGGUGCUGAAUUGCAAAUCGAAAGCCCUUCCGGGGAACAUGCCGGGGGGCUUUUCCACGCUUUGCCACCUGGGAAGAGCAAGGGCCGGAGCUUGCGCAGAUAG